CCACUUUUAUUAUCCUGACUUUUCCUUGAAUACUCUUCCCUCCUCCUCCUCUGUUCUUUUCUCUCUCUCUCUCCUCUCAACAACCGUUUCUGCUUCUGUUCCCAAAGUCGGCAGCUUUCUUUCGCCAACAUCGUUGAAUUUUCUUGUUUCAGAUAUCGCAACAAGUAAUGGAAGACACGACAUUUACAAAGGUGUUCGUUGGAGGGUUAGCAUGGGAAACCAACAAAGUCUCUCUCAGGAACUACUUCGAACAGUUUGGGGACAUUGUUGAAGCUGUCGUGAUCACUGAUAAGUCCAGCGGCAGAUCCAAAGGCUACGGCUUUGUGACUUUUUGUGAUCCAGAAGCAGCUCAGAAGGCAUGCAUAGAUCCAGCUCCUGUCAUUGACGGGAGGAGAGCAAAUUGCAAUCUCGCGGCUUUUGGUGUUCAGAGAUCUAAACCUUCUUCUCCAAUUCACGGACACGUAGGAGGAGGCAGAGGCGUGAAGGUAACAAGCCCUUUCAAGACACACUUUGGGACUGCAGCUGCUCUUCCUUCCCCAAUUCCAUUCUCUCACUACACACUUCCUUACACUAAUCCUUAUGGGUACUCCACCUUUAAUCUCUUACCUCAUCUCUCUAAACAGACUUAUAAUCCUCUGUUUAAACUUCAUAGGUUCUCUUCGUACUCAAUGGACUACAACUACCCCACGAGCUACUACAAUGUUUAUGGAGGGGCAACUGCUCAGCAUCCGAUGUAUAGCACCGGACCAAUGACUGGUGUCGCAGCAGCAGCAGCAGCAGCAGCAGCAGCGUACUACCCAUAUCUCCAGUUUGCUGAAGGAAAUGGACCCGUCACUGGUUAUGCUCCUCUCCACUACCCCAACCACAUGUUUCACUAUUCCACUGGGGGAAACUACCCACACCACAAUGGUUCUCCAGUGUCUCUUGCACCUUCACCAGUCAUUCCAUCAGUGUGCUUUGCAGUUCCACAGGCUUGACCGCCAAGGCUCAUGGUUUACUAGUUUCAUCUCCACAAGACCUGUGGCCUAACCAUGGUUGCCCUUUUCCCUUUAGGCAAGAGCCCAUACAUUUGGAGUGUGGGCAUCUUUGCAAGUUCCAGUUAAGUCUCACAUAGGGGUUUUAACUUGGACCAUAGUCACAUUACUCAUCUUUUCGCAUUGCAUCACGCGCUUCUGAACAAAAAGGUUUCGUUCAGAACAGCUUGUACAAGAAGUAUAAACUUAAGUAAGAGUUACCAUGUCUUGCAUAGUGCCCCUGAAAGGCAAAGCAUUUUUUGUAGAAAACCUUAGGAUUGGCUGAUCAAUAAGAAAGGAAAUAAGGAUUUCCCGGGAAAUGAAUUGCCACCACCUGGAAGUGUUUGAAGUAGUUUGUGUUGGUGUGCACACUACUUCACGCAGUAUCCAAUUUUAAUGUUGUAGUCUUUUAGGAUGAUUAGAUCUAGGACUAUGUAGCUAGAACAAGGACAGAAAAGAAAGACACCUAAACUUCCUUUUGAGGAGAAAGGAAGUAAUGUUGUUUGUGAACUCAGUCAUGUAUAUUCUCGGUGGCUUAGCUUUGGAGUUAUAGCCACACUUGAAACUAACUUUUUGAUUACGAUCAUUUUUAAAAAUUUAGAUUGCUCAUCAUAGUUUCAACCAACCUCCACUGAUGGAAUGUGGGGUCAUUGCAUUUGCAUUUUUUUUUUUUUUUUGCCUCUUGGGGAGAUAUUUUGGUUCCCUUUAGGUUCUUCUCUUAAACAUCAACUAAACCAGUUCACAGCCAACCAUGGUUAGGAUUCAGGUGAGAGGUACUUAUCACCUCCUUAUCUCUCUUUUACUCUUUCCUCUGUUUCUUCAAGACAAAAAAAAAAAGCAAACUCUACAGACUCUUUAAUGUAUUUGCUGUUUAUCUUGUAAGCGUGUGGUUCUGAUUCUAUGUAAGAAAACAAAACCUUCAUUUUCUAUCCACGGUGGAUGGAAAAUGAAAUGUGUGUGAUUGCACUAUUUCACUAUGAUAUGAUAUAAUCCUCUCUUAUGACU